AUGUUCAUGAUCAUUCGAGAGACGCCAGCAGGAGGAGGCAGUCCGGGGGCAAGGAGCGCGCCACAGGAGAGGUCGGAGAAACAGGUCCAAGCUGCCAUCAAGAAGAAAGUGGAGAAGCAGAAGAAGAAGAAGAGCAACAGCCAGGGAAAGACGUCCGGCGAGGUCCCCACGCCGCAGACGCCCAGACGCAAGAAAUCCCAAGUGGUGAGGCCCAACCCCACCAUCGAGGAGGCGCACAAAUUGGAGCAGACGCUGGAGGAGCUGAUGGAGGGACCGCACCGCAAAGAGCAGGAGGACCCGCCCGAGACGGAGGCGGAGCCAGUGGACCUGCUGCCCAUGGUCACCUCGGUGUUUGGACAGGACAGAGAGCUGAGGCCCGAGGAGAUGGAUGAGCUACGAGAGGCGUUCACAGAGUUUAUGAACAAGGACGGCUACAUCAGUCACAAUAACCUGGGCGAGUGCAUGAGGACCAUGGGGUACAUGCCCACAGAGAUGGAGCUGAUCGAGCUGAGCCAGCAGAUCUGUGGAGGUAAACUCGAUUUUGAGGACUUUGUAGAACUAAUGGGUCCAAAGAUGUUGGCAGAGACUGCAGACAUGAUUGGGGUCAAAGAACUGCGAGAUGCAUUUAAGGAGUUUGAUGCCAAUGGAGAUGGCUUGAUCAGUUUGGCAGAGCUGCGAGAGGCCAUGAAGAAGCUUAUGGGUGAACAGAUCACAAACAGAGAGAUCAACGAGAUCCUGAGAGACAUAGACCUGAACGGGGACGGGCUGGUGGAUUUUGAGGAAUUUGUGCGGAUGAUGUCUCGCUAA